GUCCGCCUCUUUCCUACUUGCUGGUUGGCGAAGCUGACCUCCAAGGGCGGUGCCGCGCCGGGGCCACUUUGCUCCUGGGAUUGGCUAGUGCGGUGGUUCCGCCGAGGCGUGGUAGGAAGUGGUAGCUGUCAAUCACGAGGGAGACUCCAAACAGUGAGCCUGGAGCUGUAGAGCAGCGUUUACCGGCGGAGCGGCCGGUCUUAUGAAUGACACAAUGGCUACAGACUCUCCUAGAAGACCCAGUCGCUGUACCGGUGGCGUUGUGGUUCGCCCUCAGGCCGUCACGGAGCAGUCCUACAUGGAGAGCGUCGUGACUUUUCUGCAGGAUGUUGUGCCACAGGCUUACAGCGGGACUCCUCUAACAGAAGAAAAGGAGAAGAUAGUCUGGGUCAGAUUUGAGAACGCAGAUCUGAAUGAUACAUCACGGAAUCUAGAAUUUCAUGAACUGCAUAGCACUGGAAAUGAGCCCCCUCUGCUGGUUAUGAUCGGCUACAGUGACGGAAUGCAAGUCUGGGGCAUACCUAUCAGCGGGGAAGCCCAGGAGCUCUUCUCUGUUCGACACGGCCCAGUCCGAGCUGCUAGAAUCUUGCCUGCUCCACAGUUGGGUGCUCAAAAAUGUGAUAACUUUGCUGAGAAAAGACCCCUUCUUGGUGUUUGUAAGAGCAUUGGAUCUUCAGGUACGACACCACCGUAUUGCUCUGUGGAUCUGUACUCACUCCGAACUGGGGAAAUGGUGAAGUCCAUUCAGUUCAAAACACCCAUUUAUGAUCUACACUGCAACAAACGGAUCCUGGUCGUAGUCUUGCAGGAGAAAAUCGCUGCCUUUGAUAGCUGUACUUUCACAAAAAAAUUUUUUGUCACAAGUUGUUAUCCUUGUCCUGGGCCAAACAUGAAUCCUAUUGCUCUUGGGAGCCGCUGGCUUGCUUAUGCAGAAAACAAGUUGAUUCGAUGUCAUCAGUCUCGUGGUGGAGCCUGUGGAGACAACAUUCAGUCUUACACUGCCACAGUCAUUAGUGCUGCUAAAACAUUGAAAAGUGGCCUGACGAUGGUUGGGAAAGUGGUGACUCAGCUUACAGGUACAUUGCCCUCUGGGGUGAUAGAAGAUGAUGUUGCCAUCCACAGCAACUCAAGGCGGAGCCCCUUGGUGCCAGGCAUCAUCACAGUCAUAGACACUGACACAGUUGGAGAGGGCCAGGUGCUUGUUAGUGAGGACUCAGACAGUGAUGGCAUUGUGGCCCACUUCCCUGCCCACGAGAAGCCAGUAUGCUGUAUGGCUUUUAAUACUAGUGGAAUGCUUUUAGUCACAACAGACACUCUUGGCCAUGACUUUCAUGUCUUCCAAAUUCUGACUCAUCCUUGGUCAUCAUCACAAAGUGCUGUCCAUCAUCUGUAUACUCUUCACAGGGGAGAAACCGAAGCCAAAGUUCAGGAUAUCUGUUUCAGCCAUGAUUGUCGCUGGGUUGUGGUCAGUACCCUCCGGGGUACUUCUCACGUUUUCCCCAUCAAUCCUUAUGGUGGCCAGCCUUGUGUCCGAACACACAUGUCACCACGAGUAGUGAAUCGCAUGAGCCGUUUCCAGAAAAGUGCUGGGCUGGAAGAGAUUGAACAAGAACUGACAUCUAAGCAAGGCGGCCGCUGUAGUCCUGUUCCAGGCCUAUCCAGCAGCCCUUCCGGCUCCCCCCUGCAUGGGAAGCUGAACAGCCAAGACUCUUACAAUAACUUCACCAACAACAAUCCCGGCAAUCCCCGACUUUCUCCUCUCCCCAGCCUGAUGGUAGUCAUGCCUCUUGCACAAAUCAAACAGCCAAUGACAUUGGGGACCAUCACCAAGCGAACAGGGCCUUAUCUCUUUGGAGCGGGGUGUUUUUCCAUAAAAGCUCCAUGCAAAGUUAAACCACCUCCACAAAUUUCACCAAGCAAAUCGAUGGGUGGCGAGUUUUGCGUUGCUGCAGUGUUUGGGACUUCCAGGUCGUGGUUUGCAAACAAUGCAGGUCUGAAACGAGAAAAAGAUCAGUCCAAACAAGUCGUAGUUGAAUCCCUUUACAUCAUCAGUUGCUACGGGACCUUAGUGGAACACAUGAUUGAGCCCCGACCGCUCAGUACUGCUCCCAAGAUAAGUGACGAUACACCACUGGAGAUGAUGACGUCACCCCGUGCCAGCUGGACACUUGUUAGAACACCUCAGUGGAAUGAGCUGCAGCCACCCUUUAACGCCAAUCACCCGCUGCUCCUGGCGGCAGAAGCGGUGCACUAUUACCAGCUCCUGCUUGCUGGCUCGCUUCCCCCUGGAAGUCCUGGCCCCAUUACUCGACAUGGGUCCUAUGACAGUUUAGGCUCUGACCAUAGUGGACAGGAAGAUGAAGAAUGGCUUUCCCAGGUUGAAAUUGUAACACACACUGGACCUCACAGACGCCUGUGGAUGGGUCCCCAGUUCCAGUUUAAAACCAUCCAUCCCUCAGGACAGACCACAGUCAUAUCAUCUAGUUCGUCUGUGUUGCAGUCUCACGGGCCAAGUGACACGCCACAGCCACUCUUGGAUUUCGAUACAGAUGAUCUGGAUCUCAACAGUCUCAGGAUCCAGCCUGUCCGCUCUGAUCCAGUCAGCAUGCCAGGGUCAUCCCGUCCAGUCUCUGAUCGAAGGGGCGUUCCCACAGUGAUUGAUGCUGCCUCAGGUACCUUUGACCGGAGCGUGACCCUGCUGGAGGUGUGUGGGAGCUGGCCUGAGGGCUUUGGGCUGCGGCACAUGUCCUCCAUUGAGCACACAGAGGAGGGCCUCAGGGAACGGCUCGCAGAUGCCAUGGCCGAGUCACCAAGCCGAGAUGUUGUAGGAUCUGGAACAGACACAGCCCUUGAUGUAGCAAUCAAAAACAGCACCCCCGGGAGACACAUGGCUGUGAAGUGUUUGGAUUCACAACACUUCUACCUCUGGGCCUGCCCCCCCAUGACUGGUCAGUCUCCUGCCGCGUCACGUGCAUGCCAGUGUCCUGGACAGCAGAAUCCCUCUGCAAGACCGCCCUCUUCCCGUGUGCCGCCCCCGCACCUCCCUCCACCCUCUCCCUCUGCUUGUGGAGAUCAGUGUACUUCUGGAUCAUUGUCCAUAUCUCUCAAAGGAAACAAAGAAAAAGAUUCCUCAAUGCUUUUCUUUUCACAAGGGAAAAAAAAAGGAAAAAAAAAACAAUGCCAACAGCCCAGCAUCCGUGAACAACCCAACAAUAACAAAGCAUGCGUUCGGGAUGGAGGAAGAACUUCAGCGAGAGGGAAGCAUCGAGACUCUGAGUAACAGCUCAGGCUCCACCAGUGGCAGCAUCCCAAGAAACUUCGAUGGCUACCGAUCUCCGCUCCCUACCAACGAGAGUCAGCCGCUCGGCCUCUUCCCCACUGGCUUCCCAUAGGCACCAGCCACCUGCUUCUGACUGGGAGGGACAGGGAGAAGCCCCCACCCUAUCCCCCCGCACGCCUCUGGUCCUGCCCUUCUCAGUCUCUGCUCCUCUUUCAUCAACUCCACCUUCCCUAAACUUAGUGACAACAGCUGCUCAUCCUAUCUGGACGAGAAGAGACCUCCAGAACACCUCGGCACACCCUGACCUCUGCCACUCCUGUCAUUGGGGGCUGUGGCUAAAAGAGACUGCAGAAACUCUGUCCCUUCUCUCUUUGCACAUAAUGUCCCGCAUCGGAUCCGCUUUUGUAUUUUUUAACUGUACCCACAGGGGGACUGGAUCAGUAGCCAGAUCUUAGGGCCUGGGUGGGGAGAAGUUGAAUGGUCCAGCCAGGCAUUUUGGUGGACAGUGUCAGCCCUAGCCCACUCCAGGCUAUGGUGCACACUGCCCCCAGGCAUCCCUGCUCAGUUCCCUCCAAGACAAGAGUGAACUGAAGCCCAGAGUGAUAGGGAAGGCAGAAAGAGGCUCCCUUUGGCCCUUGCUUUCCUGUUGGCUCAUGGGGAAAAUUUGUCUGUCUUAUCUUUAAGCCCUUGUACCCUGGUCCUGUACUGUUCAGUGAAGGAAACCAUGGUUACUGAGGCCAUGUCAAAAGUGCACGUCUUGUCCAAUAAAUCACGCUGCAAUUGGUGUCCA